ACUGACCAUUCCCCAUUCCGCAGGGGAGCCUGGACCCUGGGGAGAGAGUGGACUCUCCGCCUACACUUUGGUGCACGCUGGCUGACGGGCGGCUCCUGGUCUACAACGCGGCAACCUGGAAAUGGAGCGGGCCCCCCAUCCGUGCCGGCACCGCCUGCCUGAACUGUGUGUUGUUGGUGCAUGGGGGUGGCCUGUGGUUGGGUUCGGAGGAUUCCUACAUCUACGUGGUGAGUGGGAAUGACCGGAGCUGCCACCGCCGGCUAACCGCCCACCGCAACCAGGUGACGGGGCUGGUGCAAGGGACACCGGGACAGGACAGCCCUGUUUUCUCGUGCAGCAUGGACGGCACGGUGGUGGUGUGGGACCCGGUCACCAUGGAGUCCUGCAGCCAGCUGCAGCUGCAACAAUGCUGCUAUCUGUCCGCCAUCAGCAUGCACCAGUGCAACCUCUGGUGUUGUGCUGACCAGAGUCUGGUGAUGUUGUCCUGGGAUGGGCAGCAGCUUCAGAAAGUGACCCACGGCCUGACCCCGGAUGGAGGCUCCGUCCCCUGGAGCCACUUCCUCAUCCUCCCUCAGAGGGACGAGGUGUGGGUGCUGAGCUCCCCGAGGUGCAGCCUGUACGUGUGGAGCAUGCGCUGCCUGUCCGAACCCGUGGGGGUGAUGUCGCUGCCCAGCAGCGGACACUGCAUGGUCCACGUCAAGGAGCAGGUGUGGGUGGGCGGUGCGGCACCAGACGGUGGUGGCCGGAUCCAGGUGGUCAGCGCGGCCGAUCGCUCGCUGGUGAAGGAGCUGGAGGCAUCAGGUGGCCCCGUCACCGCACUCUGCUGUGCCCACGACCGCUACAUGCUCAGUGCCUCCGCCACUGGGCAGGCCAGCAUCUGGAGCGUGGACUGACCCAGACACCGGGCUAGAUGCUGGUCAGACACCGACCCCUCGCUGUGGGACCGGGACCAGAUGGGCCAGCAACUGGUGCGUGGAC